AUGGAGAUAAUCAAAGAGUUUAAUGAAAUAGUAAAAAUAUAUCAAUCUGCUGAACAAAUAGAAAAAUAUGUGGAAUAUUGUUUAUCCAAUUAUAAUCAAGCUAGAAAUAUUGAAAGUGAUGUUAAAGCAUUAAUUAGUGAAUUUGAUAUUACUGAUGAAAUUGCCGAAGAAAAAACGCCUAAUGAGAAAUAUAAUGAUUAUACGAGAUCUCAUUUACACCGAAAAAUAUCGUUAACCUUUUCUCAAAGUUUUAUUUUACCAAGUGAAUACCAGGAACUCACAAAAAAGACCUCGAUUUUCAGAGAUGUUUACAUGUUUACGACUCUAGAACAAGGUUUAACUCUUGCAAAUGAUGUUACGAAAUCCGCACAAUUUAAUUUUAUGUCAGUAGAUAGAGAUGGCAACCGCGAAUCAGCUUAUAAAUGUGUUGAAGAAUAUGCAGAAUAUGGUAUAGGAGUUAAAAAAGAUUUAAAGGAAUCUGUUAUGUAUUUUACAAAAGCCGCUGAAAAUGGUAUUGUUGAUGGUAUGCAUGUUGCUGCUAAAUUAUAUUUCUCUGGUCGUGCUGGUAAAAAGAUGAAGAAUUAG